GAGAGAAAUGCACAUUAGGGUUGUGCCGACAGACGAUGAUCUCGGGGAUCAACGAUGGUCAGAGUGAUCGCCAGUAGCUGAUGCCUUUAAUGAUGUUAAAACGCAAUGAAUGACAUGGAGAAGAAACUUGCUGAGUUUAAAUGCAACACUAACGAAGCUAUCUGUUUGAAAUUAGUGCGCUUCCCAGAGGACAUAGAUGAUGAAAGCACAACAUUUCACCCUGAAUACAGUCAUCAGCUGUAUGGAGAUGAUGAAGUUGCAUUUGGCUACAAAGGUCUUCAGAUCCAGCUGUACUACAGCGCGGGGAACCUGAGCACUCUGUUUAAAGUCAAAUACAGCGCAAAGGUCACAGAGAAGUUUGACUGUGUGAAGCCGGAUGAUGUGGAGAGUAAAAUCAGAGAGAUCAUUCCUGCUGGUUUCUGCUGUAACACAGACUACUUCAUCUCUCUACUGGAGAAAGAGGCCAACUUUAAACCCUUCGGCAGCCUGCAGCACACCUAUAAAGUUCACAAUGAGGAGGCAGGAGAGGACCUCACCUACCAGAUACACAAGGUGGAUAUCUCGUGUCCAGGGUUCAGAGAGUAUCAUGAGCGCUUGCAGACGUUCCUCAUGUGGUUCAUUGAGACGGCCAGUUUCAUUGAUGUGGAUGACGAUCACUGGGAUUUCUUCCUUGUAUUUGAGAAGUACAAUAAGGAUGGAGAGACCCUCUACGCAACCGUUGGCUACAUGACAGUGUAUAAUUACUACGUGUACCCAGACAAAACCAGACCACGUGUCAGUCAGAUGCUGAUCUUACCGCCAUUCCAGGGAGAAGGCCAUGGGGCUCAGCUCUUAGAGACAGUCCACCGAUACUACUGCAGUUCACCUAAAGUACAGGACAUCACAGCGGAAAAUCCAUCUGAGAACUACGUGAAGCUGAGGGAUUUUGUGCUGGUGAAGCUGUGUUUGGCUUUGCCCUCGUUCUCUUGUGAGAAACUCUCUCGUGGCUUCAAUGAAGAGAUGGUGUCUGAGGCCAGAGACAAACUCAAGAUCAACAAGAAACAUGCACGACGUGUCUAUGAAAUUCUGCGUCUCAGAAACACAGAUAUGAGCGAUGAAGAAAAAGCAAGAGAAUUUCGUUUGGAGGUGAAGAAAAGACUCUAUGGACCAUACAGAAAAAACCAGCGUGAGCUGACGAAAAUGCGGAAAUGUUUGAAGCCCGAGGAGUUGGCGUCCCACAUCAGCCAGAUCGACACAUCACUGCAACACGAGGAGCUGGAGAAAAGCUACCAGGAUGUGCUGGUGGAAUAUCACAGAGUCCUGGAGCGACUGGCUCAGGCAUAAACAAACAAACACGCAUAAAUGAAGAGUUCUGCGAAGUCCAAAAACUGGCCGAGACAUCAACACACACACUGUUUGAUUCUCUUGUUCCCAGCAUUUAUAAGGGUGUAAACAUGAUACAGCUGCAUUUGUUAUGUAUGUGUUACAGACAUGAUGGGCAAUUACAUAAUCAGAGAUUAGUGCAUCAGUCUACCGUGGAGCAGAUCUCUGAAAAUUGAGUUGAUAUUGUCAUUGUUUCUUCCAUCAAAUGUUUUACCAAAAAUGUAGAUUUUGAAGCACUUUGAAAAACAAAUAAAUGUUUUGUAUAUUGC